AUGGUGACGUUCACGUCAAUUUCCCCUCUCCCACGGCUCGCUCCAGUAGAUCCGCCGUUUUUCUUCGUUCCCAUAUUUCGGAGUAAAAUUUUCCGAUAAUGUUUUUUGAUUUACGUCUAGAGCUUGAUUUUGAUUCUUUCGCACGCUCAUUCCUUUCUUGUUAUUAUUGUUUUUUAUCAUGGACAGGUGGUUCUCGCGGCCUCCAUCGUCAGCAAAUCAGGAAAAGGUGCGCCCCCCUACGCGCUGAAGAGUUUCCUUACAGAAUUCUUUCGCUUUGAUGUGGUUGGAUCUAAAGUUUUGUGAGCACCUGUGAUGUCGUCAUUACUACGAUGUCGAUUCUCCUUUUUCCACAUUUUCUCUUUUUAUUGGAAUUUUAUUCAACUUACUGCGUUCUUCUUCUCUGUUUUCAAAGGGGAGACUCCCUUGAAAAUGUAGAUGAUGGGUCAACUUUCUGGCCUUCUUUUCUUGUACUGUUUUUCUCAUAAUGCAAUCCUGCGAAUUGUAGCCACAUUAUCCUUUUCUCCUUUGACUUGCAUGAAUUUUUUUCCCCUGCUAAACGAUCCUUGUUAGCUCUUUUUCCUAAUUUUUCUCCGUUCAGGUCGCUUUAUACGUCGGUUUUUUUUCCCCACUUAUUAUGGCUCAAUGAUCUCAGGUCUGGUGUUUCGGUUCGUGGUUUGAUGGUUUCUCCGUUGUACAUAUCUGCACGUGUCCUUGCCAUUAGCUUCCGCUCCUGAAUUUUUCUUCACUCAUUAAUAAAAUAUGGAGUUGACCAUUACAAGGAGCUUUCACAUCUAAAAUGCACUGUGUUCAAUUUCUUCGUUUUUUUCUUAUAAAAUGCUCUAUUAUCAUUGUUAACCUCUUUGCACAUCGUAUGGUUUACUGCAGCACUUGUUUCGAGACAGUUUGUUGACAUGUCCCGAAUAAGGAUAGAAGGUUUAUUAGCAGCAUUUCCUAAACUGAUUGGUACGGGAAAGCAGCACACAUAUGUUGAGACUGAGAAUGUACGCUAUGUGUAUCAACCAGUUGAAGCUCUCUUCUUGCUACUUGUAACUAACAAGCAGAGCAAUAUUCUUGAAGAUCUGGAAACUCUGAGACUUUUGUCGAAGCUUGUAUCCUUUUCGUGUUACCUCGAAAUUUUUCACCAAUAAAUAACAGCGUGGGUAUUACGAUUAUGCAUUACCAUUGGCUUGCAGAGUUUAGUUCUUGUUUAUGCCCCUUGAUUACUUCGGUCAGCAGAUACUUUUACCUAACAGUGUAGCACUGAAAUAUUUUCUCCCAGGUUUUUUACGGAAAAUGCUAAAUUCUUUUGCCACAUAUGGCAACUUUUUGCUACAACUUGAUCUUCUGUCUCUAUAUUGCUUUACUAAAAAUGGGAAGUUAUUUGAUUUUCAGUAAGUUGUCGUAUUCAUCUGGGCCUAUAGAUUUUAUUCGACUCAUGUAAGCUUUUACAUAGGCACAGAAAUAAACACUGUCUAAGACUUUUAGGUUUUCUCCUUAACUUCCCUUAGGUACCUGAAUAUGCUAUUUCCCUUGAUGAAGAUGGCAUCUGCAGCUCUGCAUUUGAUUUAAUUUUUGCUUUUGAUGAGGCAAUUUCUCUUGGACAAAAAGAGAAUGUUACUGUUGCACAGGUCAAGCAGUACUGUGAAAUGGAGAGUCAUGAAGAAAAACUACACAAGCUAGUCAUGCAAAGCAAGAUCAAUGAGACGAAAGAUGUUAUGAAGCGCAAAGCCAGCGAGAUUGAUAAAAGCAAGGUAUUCUCCUAUUUCCGGGACUCAUAAUGUUUAUUUGACAUGAGAUUGCCUAUCAAAUUAUAGUAUGACAAUAACAUUAUUUGUCAUGUUAUACGGUGCAGAUACUUGAAAAAUAUGAUUCUGCAAGGAAAUAACUUAUAUGUUUCUUAAUUCCUGAAAGUUGAUACCAGGCUCAAAAGAUGGGUGUACAAAGAAAAGAAACAGGAUGCUUUGAGAAUGCUGAAUUCGAAAUUAAUUAUGUUCUAUUAUUGCAUCCUAUUUUCCCCAAAAAUCUUGUUGUGCUUCACUUUUUGUGUGGGUCAUACAUUUUUUACUUUGUUUUUUUAAUUUGGUAUUACUACAUAGAGUUGAAUACGGCUUCAAGGAAAAUAUGCUGGCAGUUAUUGGCACACAUAUUUCAAUUAUAAGACUAAAGCUUUGAUGCUAUAAGACUAAAGUCACUGGUGUCAGAACUGGUUCCUCGUUUUUGCUCCUCCAUCUUCCCCAGCCUCUAUUACUGGUGACAGUCCCCUACUUCCUGCCCCUUUCCUGUUUUCGUUUUCUACACAAGUUCAGAUCCUUGACUACGUGAAGAAGGUAGAAUAUGGCUGAGUUUACAAGGGUUUAAAUUUGCACUGAACUCAUCAUUGAGUUAUAUUCUCUUCUCCUUCUUAGCGAAGGAUGUAUAAAUACAUCCAUAAAAUUGGAGAAAGUUAUUUAUUUAUUUUCACUUUUUGAACCCAAGUCUUGUUGUAUUGGACAAGUUGGAUACGAGUUUAUGUUAUUUGGUGCGUAAUUGGCCCAAUUACUCAUAAUCCAACCUUAGUUGCCUUGAUCUGGACCUUAGCUGCACUGAACCUGGUCUCGUUAGAUUGGGGCCGAGUAAACAUUUGGUUUGGACCGAAUUGGCAAAUGUAUGUUUGAGCUCACUUUUUGUGUAAUGAAAAAUGUACUUUUUCAUUACAUUUGGAUGGAAAAUUACAGUUAAAUAUUUGAUUGGAAGGAAUUGGAUUUAAUUAAGUGAUCAGAAAAAAAGAGAACAAGUGUCAUUAAAUGGGUGGUCACAGCUAGAAUUGAUAAAAAAUGUUCUGUGAUGUAAAUUUUUUGUUCAACUUUAUUUCUAGAAUCAUUAUACCUUGUUCAGAGAAGCAUGUUAGAUGACGUAUCUUUGACUUUAUGUUAUAUAUAGCAUCCUUGGUUAGAUAUUUUCUUAUUUCCUGGCAAGUUAUUUUGUUCUCCACUUGGGGAAAAAAAUCCAGUAGUUAGAAUGCGGUAUGAGGGGUAGCUGCGUUAGUGAUUGAGGGCAAGGAGGGUUAAUUUUUGGGUUAUAGAUACUUAGGCACAACAGGGGCUCGUUGUUGAUGUUUCCAACGUAAAGUAGAAUGACCAUUGUGGUGCAAUAUUGGGAUCUUCAUAUAUAUUUCUCUUCAGUUUCUGCCUCCUAAAAUCUGUGGAUAUUGGCGCACAUUGUCAGCACUAUCAAGAGAGCCAGCAUUGCAUUUACGUACAUAUAAGCUCUAAUGGCAGAAGUUUGUUUCUUUCCUCUUUCUACGACUUCCCAACAAUGCGGCAUCUUAAAGACCAUAUUGCAUGAUCCCAUGUACAAAAUGGGUUUUGUUAAACUGAUUUAUGGGUGUCAUUCACAAGAACCAUUCAGUUAUAAGUUUCAUUCCCACGCAGGAAGGACCAAAAUAUUUCUAUUCGAUAUGGGAACGAAGAAUGGUCUGUGGCAUUGUUAUAUCAGACUAAUCAGGGAAAAUAUGGAAGGGAAGAGUUGUCGAUGAGUUCUAUGGCUAAUUUGGAUGGCAAUGGAAUUUUCUAGCAUAACAAAGGUCAAUGCAGGGAAUAGCAGUACAGCUGGACUGCAUAGUGUUUUUAGUUAAUGUAUGGACUCAGAGGUAGGAUCCUUAGCUAUUCUUCUAGAUAUGACCAUUCAGUGUGCCCCUUUUGCAUUCAUGAUCAGAAUAUUAAACUAUUCCUUAAAGAUAUUGCCAGUCUCCCGCUCACCAAAUUUUGAAGUGCAGUGCAAAUUAGACAUGAAGGACUUGGUGCAUAGUAAGCUGUGCUAACUGACCUAAGCUCAUGGAUCACAUUUCAUGGUCAGAUGACGUUGGGUAUCCUUGAAUGCUUGGAUGAAGGGAGGGAUGACUGCAUGGAAAGGGAGGACUUUUAAUGGUACAUGUAUGGAUGGACCUAAAUGAUUUAAAGGUGGAGGCUAUUGAAGUAACAAAUUUUGAGGGGCAUAACGAGAUGUAAUAAAGACCAAGAAAAGAGGAUAAUUGGGGAAGAAGGGACAAAAGAGGUCGUUUGAUGCAGACAAUUCCCUGUCUUUAGGGGAAAGGUUGGAGACAUUGUGGAUGUGUAAUUUAUUCAUGCUAUAGGCCUUUCGUUGACUUGAAGGAAGGGAGAUUCUGGUUGCUUAUCUGGAAAAGGUUUCUUAAAAAUGUGGUGGAGGUCAAGACAGGGACGAGAGGGGUUGUCCCCAUCAGUGGACUGCAAGACGGGAUUACCAGGCAGAUUGCACGAUUGGAGGUCUCUUUCAGUGAUUGGACCACACUGGAAAAUAUACCUUUUAAUGUUUUAGAAAGAGUGCAGGAUCUGAGUAAAUUUUUUGUUUAGCUAGUUAGUACAACGCGCUAUAUUCACCCUUGUCUCACUGUAGAACGGGAGUUAUGUUGGUUGUAUGUCCUGCCUUCUUAUUCCUUAUCAUGACAAAAUUAUGGCUUCCUAAUUUUUCAUGAUCCCUUGUGAUAUGCCCCACAUUUAAGGAAGAUUGAGUCAAACAUCUGGAAGGUGGACGUGGCAAUAGGGAAUCUCAUAUUGUCUAUCUAUUUUAUCUCAGUUGAUACUUUUUACACUAUGAGGUUUGUGACUUGGCACAUUUGCUGUCAUAUUAAUUGACAAUGAAUGGAGGUACACUUUUCUUAAUGUACAAAUUGACAAAUACUUGGUCCUCGGGAAGGUGGACGUGGCAAUAGGGCUGGUGAUCGAUUUGUACGUUUCUGAAGAAAACUCUAAACAUUCAUUUGCGUGGAAUAGGAAGAUAAACUACCUAAAAAAGGACGUUGAAGGGAACAUAAAAUGCACCACUAGUUUGUCAUAUGGGCAUAAACUGGAAAUUAAGUACCUAGUUUCCUACCUGGAAACUGUCUAGGUAUUACAUAUAGGGUUGGUGUCGGUCAAGAUGCGGAUAGGAAUUUUUUUUCAAUCCCUUGUAUCUUUUGUUCCGCUGUAGCCAACUCAUUUGAUGGAAGAAUACUUCAAUUUUGAUACUUUGUCAAUGUGCAUGGAUGGAAUUGCAUGGUCCGAAUAUUUUGUAUGUGGUGUAGCACUUGGCUGGUUGAUCUUAUGGAUAUUCAGUGGGAUUUGGAUAUUUCCCUAUGAUUUCACCAUGGAAAAUUAAUGGGAAUAUCAUUUGUUACCAUCUGCGAAGAUAAAGCCUACUGAACUGUCUAGAUGGAAACUAUGGACCGGCAUAUUGUAGUGCCAUUCGUUCCUUGUCCAUUUAUCUGAGCCGGCCUGAGUUAUUACAUUAGUGGAAAGUGAAAAUGCAUUGUACACUGCAAGAACCUGAAAGAGUCCAAUAGUUGUAAAGUUUUUUAGCAAUGUCUCAUAUUACUUUUUGUUUGUGUCACUUCAUAUCACCUCCACGAUCAUUGAUUUGAAGGUGAGAUCAACACUUUUUUCAGGUUUUUUCUCUUUUCUCUCACAAUCGUCAAUCAUUUUUGCGAAACCAUGAUUUGAUGUGAUAGCUUGGAUAAGAUGCUUGGACUUUUUUUCAAUCUGAAUGAUAAGGUCUUAUUCUUAUUGUGCACCUUGGGAGCACGUUGGGAUCCGCGAAGGCAGUCACAUGGAUGCUCCAGAUGCUCCCCGUAGCUUAUUCUCUACAUAUAUUAGCCCCAUAUCAUUGAAUGAUCGAUACUUAUUGUACUGCCUUAUCUUUUUGCCCUUUUUAGCGUGGAAAAUCUUCAUUCCUUUGCCUAAAACUCAUGGAAAGAUUGCUCCUAAUUGUUCAUCUGAUUUUAUACUUUUCCAGAUUGAGAAAAAUAGGGGUGACAAAGGAGGUUAUUCAUCUAUAUCAAGCUCGGGAAGGAUUGAUAGCAGCUUCAGUGACAUGAGCAUCUCCAGUGGUACAACUGGUUUUGGGAGUGCUUCUGGAUUUGGUUCAAGUACAGAUGUGGAUUCAUUUUCCAACCAAUCAAGAGGUCCAAACUGCUGAACAUGCAUGUUAUUUUCUUCAAUCAUCUUAGGCCCUUCCUGGCUAACGUGUGGGAGUUUUCUUCUGUGAUUAAAGCAUCAGAGAGCCAAUCCUGCUAGGGUGGCCUGUGUCAUAUUUAUUACUAUCUUUACUAUCCUAUUUUAGGUUAAUUGUAUCAUUAACCCAUAUGAUUCAAGCUGAACAGGCCGAAAUGUUGGUAAAUAAUUCAGCUUGAUUAUCAUGCCUUAAAUGAUAUUUUAUCUUUUUUUCUUUCUUUUUUCUGGAGAAUUAUAUUCUUGUCCAUUUCAAAUCAGUUUUGUACCUUGCCAUUCUGACCUCAAAUUGAAAUAACCAACAGUCGAACUAUACUAUUGAGGAAAGAAAGUUACUAAUUAAAUUGAUGGAAAUUUGAAGUCUAGACAUCAAUACUAGCUUCUAUGGUUAAUAUCAAACUCAGACCUUGCGUUUAGGAAACUUAAUCUUCCUUCUCCAGUGAGGACCUCAGGUUCAAAUUAAACUCAUGUUUCACUUGGUUUCUUACUUGACUGCAAAGUUAAUGCCACAUUUGAUUUUUUAAAAAUAAUCAAGAACCUAGAUGUCUGCGCUGGAUGUUUGUUGAUUUUAUAAAAUGUCCUAGCUAUUACUUGCUCCAUUGAUGUAAAUGGAAAUUUACAUUUUGCGUUGGCAGAAUUUGUUUGUUUUUUUUCUGUUUGAAGAUCAUGCAUAUAUCAUUGCAAAAUUCCAAUGACCAUUGUUGAAAUGUAAUUCACAACUCAGGUAGGUUAAUGUGAGAAUUUGUGGGUAAAAGCUUCUGUUUUUCUUUUCCUGCAUUUACAUCUAGUGGUACUGAGAUUUGUGCUGGUGAGAUUUGACUUGAUCAGAAACAUAAAAUUCUUGACAUCAUUUUUCUGGGCAAGUCUUGAACAAUGAGUCAGAUUUGUAAACUUGCAAACAUUUGGCUAUGAAUACUGUUAGGAUCCAUCCAUUGUCUUUUUCCUCAGUCAUGCAUGUCAGUAACAAUGGCAUACUAAAGGUAGUCACAAAAUAUUGAGUGUAUCUGGUUCUCUAUGAGAUCCCAUGAAUCAGAGACUUUAUUUCUAUUAUCAGGUCCACCUUCCAGAAGUGGUUCUGAUUCUUUCUGAUUGUAUAUGGGAGGUUGCAAUGGAAAUGCUACCUAAAAUUCCAGAGGCCAUUGUUCUGGACAAACCAUCUUAAAAAUGAGACUUGUACGCUCUGGAAUCGUUUUGGUGACCAGUGGAGCUAUUACCCAUCCAUCAUGUAUCUUCUUAGUCAUGCAUGCUACUUACAAUCCUUCUUGUGAUUGUGCAAUGAAUUCUGUAUAAAGUGGGAGUAACUUUGCUAUACAGGUACCAACAGGUUGUUACCCUUAUAGCUGUGAAUUGACCAACUUUCCAGAUGUAGUUUUUCUAUCUCUUUCCCAUGGCGAUCUUCUCUAAUUUUAGUUUUUUUUGGGUAUCUGUAUCCCAAAGUAACAGGCCCUUUUUUCUCGAAAACAAAGGAUUUCCUUAUUAUAGCUUCCUAUCUAAAUUUCUAAUUUAUGUACGAGAUACAGAAGGAAGUAUGCCUGUGCAUCCAAUUAACUUAAAUUGCUAUUGGUUUGUAAAAGUCAAAUUUUUACAAGAAGAAAUUAGAUAAUCUAUAUUUCAUUUCUGCCAGAUAAAACCGACAUAAUGGCCUGUGUCUCUGUUGCUAUCCACAUCAUUGACACCGACGGGGGAUUUUCUGUCGCUGCUUAUUUUUUCUGUUAUCUUCUACUUUGUUCCCCUUUCUAUCUUAAUAGAUAAAAAGGAUAACUAAGUUAUCAUAGCAAGAUUAAUAUAUAAAUGUAUGUUAUAUAUAUAUAAUGCAUUCGCUUUUUUAUGUUGGGAGGAUCGUCUUUCCUGGUUUAUACCGCCACUGGAGUGUUGUCCUCUGGAAGUAUUGGAUACCUUUUCUAUCUAAGACUGUCUUUUUCAGAGCCCAAAUACUUUUCCCUUUCAUGUUGUUUGUUUUUUUAAUAAUUUAUGUGUCUAGUUUAUUGAAAUGUCAACUGAUGCAAGGAUGCACAUAUUUUUUGGAUCUUAAAAUUCUAGUGGCUGAUUAUAUUCUGAUUUCCAGGUCGACCACCUGCAUCUGCACCUGCUCCUAAAGGUCAGGGUAUGCAACUUGGUAAAACAAAACGGACAAACCAGUUUUUGGAAUCACUUAAAGCUGAAGGUGAAGUGAUAAUCGAAGAUGUAAAGCCAAGUGCUAUCCAAUCAAAAGUGUCCCUUCCACCAACUGAUCCUAUCACAUUGAGUAUUGAAGAGAAACUUAAUGUAACGUUAAAGAGGGAUGGAGGAGUUGGUGCCUUUGACAUUCAGGGUACACUGUCUGUUCAAAUUCUCAACCAAGAUGAUGGACUAGUCCAAUUUCAGGUUCUCUCUCUCUCUCUCUCUCUCUCUCUCUCUCUCUCUCUCUCUCUCUCUCUAUUUAUAUAUAUAUAUAUGUGUGUGUGUGUGUGUGUGUACAUACAUGCGCAGAAGAAAAAAAAGAAUUAUUCAGGCAUUCAUGUGGACAAGAUGACAGAUCUAUCACUAAGCUGGCGUAGACAAAUAAUGCAUGUUCUGUUUCCAAAAUCGUAAAUUUGUUUUGUAAACAAUUAAUAGCACAGGUGUUAUUUGGCAGCUAUUUUGAAUUUCAUUUAUGCGAUUAAAAUUCGUUUUGAAUGUGAACUGGUUAUUCGAAAUAUCUAAAAAUAUGAUUAAAAUUCACUCAAAUUGGUCACCCUAAUUGAAUUUAAAUUUAAGCUAAUGAUGCUAGGCCAACUGCUUUUGUCCUCAUCCAAUUGGUGCUAAUCAACAAGGAAUUGCUGCCAUAAUACUCUUUUAGUUUUUCUUUUUUUCUAUGUUACUUGGUGAUAUUCGGUGAUUGCUGACAGCUGGGGGGUGCCAUAAUUAUUCAUCCACGACUACGUUAUUGUUAGGGAUUUUUAUUCACUUCAUUUAACUUUGUACCUAACACCUAUUAGAUCGAAAGGAAGGAACAUCAUAGCAACGAUUGAUUCCCUCCAGAAGGUCCAGAAGGUGGAAAAGAUUAUGCUCAUCCAUAUAUUAAAGAGAGCUCUAUUAGAAAAGUCCACUGUAUUACAUAAUCCUUAAAAAAUGUUUCAUUUCUUAAUUUUAUAGUAGAGGACUUCUAGCAUACAUUGCUGUCUCACGUAAAAGCUUUACAGUCAUAAGAUCCUUAAAACGUAAUUUUCUUCUAGAAUAGUGCAACAUUAGUGGGACUUAAACUCUCUUUUGUAUAUUUGAUGACUUCUAUUUACGUUUGGCUCCUGUUGAUGAUUCGUUCUGGCUCUUUAUCUUUCCCAAAAACCAGUGACAGAUGGUCGAUUAUUGUAGUUGAUAUAGUCGUCUACUUGGUGCUGAAAGCAUCCUUGAAGCAUCAUUUCGGGGUUAUUGCUGGCUUACAUGACAUCCUGGUCAUGUUGAAUUACAACUGCUACUCUCAGAGGCCAGAAACAGAUGGUCAGGAUUGGCAAUGAUCAGAGGGAGAGGUUAAGUGCGGAGGGAGGGAGGAUUUUUUUUUUUGCAAUUGCAAAAAGAUAUACUCUGUGUGUGUCUGCCCAUGCGUUUUUUUAUUUGUGUGUGUGUGUGUGUGAGAGAGAGAGAGAGAGAGAGAGAGAGGAGAUUUAUUUUGAGAAUGUCGAAAGAGAUGACACAAGAAAGGUAGAGAGGGAAGGAUGGACAGAAAAGGAGCAUAUAUUUUCCUCACUCAUGGACAACUUACCUAUUUGACCGAUUAUUGGGUGGAUCCAAACUGCAGUUUCAUUUUGACGUAUAAUUACCUGCUCAAUGACUAUCUGAAUCUUAUUCUUUCAAUAUUUUAUGGAAAUUCCUGAUUUAAUAAGGUGGUCUUUUAUUUCCAUAAUAGGAUUGCAUUUGUUCCUCCUGCAGGUUGAGAAUCGAUCAAUACCUGGCCUCAGCUUUAGAACCCAUCCUAAUAUCAAUAAAGAGUUGUUUAAUAGCGAUCACGUCAUUGGCCUCAAGGAUCCAAACAGGCCUUUUCCUACGGGUCAAAAUGAUGUUGGUGUUGUGAAGUGGAGGAUCCAGAGCAUGGAUGAGUCUGCUGUGCCAUUGACUGGUUCGUGCCUGGGUUCAUUUUUGACGUUGCCUCAGUUUCUGUUUUCUAUGCUUUUAUGUUUACAAACGUUUUGUUGGUGUGUGCAGUCAACUGCUGGCCAUCAAUUUCUGGAAACGAAACUUUUGUUAACAUUGAAUACGAAGCAUCUGAUAUGUUUGACCUGCACAACGUUGUGAUCACAGUACCUCUCCCUGCACUUCGGGAGUCACCCAGUGUAAGGCAGAUUGAUGGAGAAUGGAGGUGAGCAUUAUAUAAGUCGUGUUGAGGGUUUUGGUUGAAACCUCUCCGGACGCGUGCACACUACUUAUUCAGUGCCUAGGUCAUCACUAAAUCACACCGUGCACAAUACUUACUCUCAACUUGACUCGUAAAUUUUCAACGAUUCUCUGCGCAGGUAUGAUCCCAGGAGCUCGGCAUUAGAGUGGUCCAUUCUCCUUAUCGAUAGCUCCAACCGCAGGUAACUUGCUCCUAGGCAUCGUUCAACGUUACACAUUCUUCACGAUCAACAAAUGGAAGGGUCUAUGCACUUGAAAAAAUUCACGAUUUACUAAUAUUUUGGCUCUUCUCUUUGCACAAGUAAUAACUCGUCUGUCUUCCAAUCCAAUUAACAGCGGAUCAAUGGAGUUUGUUGUCCCUCCUGCGGAUACGUCUGCCUUCUUCCCAAUUAACAUCAGAUUCUCUGCUGCGAGCACGUUUAGUGACGUAAAGGUUUGUCAUUUGACUCGAUCUCAGCGCAUAUCAUCUAAUGGGUCUCUUCUUCUGCUUCUCUAAGUUGCCCACUUUGGGAAAACAAAAUCCUGAUUCUACGCAGUCCAUGUGACCAUCGCAAGUAGUUUCAUCAUGACGAAAUGCAGUAGUAGUGGUUCACAUCAUUCCGAGAUGCCCCUCCGUCGUCACAGUGACAGCCCUGCCCUGGAGAGAGUACUUGUCCCCAAACUACGCGACUCUCAUCUCUACUAGCUUUGGUAGUGGGGAUUGAUAUCCCUCUGUUGAUAAGAUAUCUAUCUUUAUCCAUGUACUAGUAGUACAGAUACCUGUGGCUAAAUCUAGGUUAUGAUUCAGCUAAAACCCCUGAGUAAUCCUCGGGGUUCAGACUACUCUCUGCUUCAGUUGUUUGUUCUUCCUUUCUUAUUGUGGAGUUGAGCAUUGCCGCAUCUCUGCAGGUGACUGGAGUGUUCCCUCUUCGAGGCGGCAGCCCUCCGAAGUUCAGUCAGAGGACCCAGCUGAUCGCCGACAACUACCAGGUCAUCUGA